AAAAAUGGAAAAAUAUGAAAAAAUUCGAGUGGUCGGGAGAGGAGCUUACGGGACAGUGCACCUGUGCCAGAGAUUGGCGGAUAAAAAGAUGAUCAUCAUCAAACAGAUUCCUGUGGAACAGAUGACCAAGGAGGAGCGACAGGCGGCCUUGAAUGAGGUCAAGGUCCUGUCCAUGCUGUCCCACCCCAACAUCAUCCAGUACUAUGAGAACUUUCUUGAGGAUAAGGCGCUGAUGAUCGUGAUGGAGUAUGCACAAGGUGGUACAGUGAUGGACUACCUGCAGUCAAGGAAUGGGAUUCUGUUAGAGGAGGAGGAGAUUCUGAAGUUUUUUGCACAGAUGCUUCUGUCCAUUCAGCAUGUUCAUUCCAAACAGAUUUUACACAGAGACUUAAAAACACAAAAUAUCCUACUGGACAAAAAGAGAGAGGUGGUCAAAAUUGGAGAUUUUGGAAUUUCUAAAGUUCUGAGCAGUAAAAGUAAAGCCUAUACUGUUGUUGGAACUCCAUGCUACAUUUCUCCUGAACUAUGUGAAGGAAAACCAUAUAACCAGAAGAGUGACAUCUGGGCCCUGGGCUGUGUGCUGUAUGAGCUGUCCAGUCUCAAGCGAGCCUUUGAGGCAGCAAAUUUACCAGCUCUCAUUCUGAAAAUUAUGAGAGGCACGUUUUCUCCAAUCUCUGCCAGUUACAGUGAGGAGUUACGGGCCUUGAUCCUAGGAAUGCUGCAUUUAGAUCCCAACAAGCGCCCCAACAUCAACCAGAUAAUGGCCCAGCCAAUUGUAAUCAACGCCUUGAUGACCCUCCACACCGACCUUGGGCGGGUCCCCUGUACAAGAGUGAGCCGCCCCCUCCCCCCAGCCACCGCCGCCGCUAGAAGUCGACUCUCCACCCGCGGCAGUAUGACUCCCAGAGAUGCUCUGUCAGCUAAGCCACCCGCCCUGAGUUCUGUCUUUUUCUGGGGGAUAGGUGUUUCCUCCCCUGUAAAGCUUCCCCUCCCUAGCAGCGACACCCAGGUCACCCAGGUGUCAACCGGCCGCACCCAGAAGGCAGCAGUCACAAAGAAUGGCCGCCUGUUUGUAUGGGAGUCAUCCAAUGUGGGAACAGACACCCUGAUCCCUGGGGCCACAGAGAGCCACACCCUCACCUACGUCCCCAGGUAUCUGGAGGGUCAGUCAGGGGUCAACAUCCAACAGGUGGCGUGUGGUGACCUCUUUACAGCUUGUCUCACAGAUCGUGGGAUUCUGAUGACCUUUGGCAGUGGGGUGUAUGGUUGCCUGGGACACGGUAACUAUAACGACGUGGCACAGGCCAAGAUAGUGGAGGAUUUACUUGGUUAUGAGGUGGUGCAGGUGUCAUGUGGAGCCUCCCAUGUUCUGGCGGUGACCAAUGAGCAUGAGGUGUUUUCCUGGGGUAGAGGCGACAAUGGUCGGCUGGGACUAGGGGACCAGGAAUCCCACUCCUCACCCCGCCCGGUUGUUAUCCCCGAGCCUCUCCGUCCAUCCUCCGUGCACUGUGGAGUCGACUGCUCCAUGAUUCUGACCCUUGACAACAAGCUGCUCUGCUGUGGCAGCAACAGGUACAACAAGUUAGCUCUGGAUGUAAUUGCCACUGACGGCACAUGCAUGAAGCUGGUCGAUGAAAUUCAUACUUUUGUUCAAACUGCCUCUCAUCCAAUCGGAAACCUACUUGUAAAAGGUGUUGCCAUGGGAACAUCCCACACAGCUGCUGUAACAGUUGAGGGUCAGUGCUACACCUUCGGUACGAACCAGUUCGGACAGCUGGGGAACCAGACUAACAACAGCAGACAGCCACAGGAAGUGAAGAUUGCCCAGACUCAGAAGGUUGCUAUGGUGGCAUGUGGGGACACUUUCACUGUGAUAGUCGCUGAUGAAGGAGAAGUGUACUCCUUUGGGAACCAGUCAAGGGGGCGUCUAGGACGACCUGAGGAAGAUCCGACUGAGCCUGGGAAAGUUCCCUUCAUGGGGGAGGAUCCCUUUGUGGUGGUCUCCUUGUCCUGUAGUCAUGGCAACACACUCCUAGCUACCAGACCUAUGCAGCAACUAAAUGGAGAGAACAUUUAACAAUGACCAGGAUUUUACGAUAACAAAGAUAUGUGUUUGAGACUGAGACACAAGUCCACACUUAGACCCUGGUAUCUGUGACACUUCAUUACAGACACCACAGAGAUCGCAGUGUGUUGAAAUCUCACAGCUGUCCAGGGGAUGGGACUUCAUGAAGGAUAGACAAAGUGUAUAUGUAAUACAUGGUACAAUGUGAUUAUUUUGAUACUCAGUGUUGUAAGUAAAUGUAUGUAAAUCUGAGUUAAUACUGUAUACAGGGAAGUAUUCGCCCCCAUUUUAUUUUCACCCCUUUCACCCUUGUUGCCAGCGGACAAAUUUUAGACUGGGCAAAUUCCUAUGUCUCAAACCAUCUUUACUUAAUCACAACUUUGUAUGGGCGAAUUAAAUUCGGGGCAAAACCGUUAGCAAAUUUAAAAUAAGGGCACACAGGGGCAAAAAUAACCCUGUAUACAGUACACCGUAGAAUUAUUUUCAUUUUUAAAAAAAUGUCAUUAUAUCCGUCCAUAUUUUACGUGUAUAUUAUGCAUUUGUGCCAAAUUUUUAUUUGUAAGCAACUACAACAAAAUAUGUACUUGAUAAUGUUUUAAUUUUUCUUGCAUUUAAAGAUGUGCCAAUAAUUUUGUGUGCAAUAAAUAUCUGUACUUAGAAAAAA